AAAAAAAACCGUCCUAUAAAUUACACAUCACUUUGUCCUGUCUUCCUCCAUCAAUUUUCAUUUCUUUGGUAAACCCUAAAAUCGGAAAUUGGAUUACGCGGUGUAACAGAAAUCGACGGUUGAAUAGCUCUGACAAAAGUGGGAGGAGUGAUGGCGGCUGGAUCAGAUGCGGGAGAGAGCGGAAGUUUUUCAUGUGCUAAAUGCGGGAAACAAGCUCACCUUCAGUGCCCUAAGUGCGUAGAAUUGAAGCUUCCUCGUGAAGGUGCUGCUUUCUGUUCUCAAGAGUGUUUCAAGGCGUCCUGGAGUACUCAUAAAUCUGUUCACUUGAAGGCAAAGGUGUCUCACCCUGGAGAUAAUCCAGGUGAACCGAAAGCAGGUUCAACCAAGGAUGGUUGGCUGUAUUGCUUGCGGAAGGGACAGUCUAGAACACCUAAGCUUCCUCAUUUUGACUGGACUGGAUCAUUAAGACCCUAUCCUAUAUCAAAGCAACGUCUGGUACCGGGUCACAUUGAUCUUCCGGACUGGGCAAUUGAUGGAAUUCCGAAAAUUGAGCCAAACAGUGAUCUCCAACAUCAUGUUGAGAUCAAAACUCCAGAGCAGAUUGAGAGGAUGCGAGAAACCUGUCGGCUAUCUAGGGAAGUUCUGGAUGCUGCUGCUCGUGUUAUUCGACCUGGGAUUACUACUGAUGAAAUUGAUGCAGUAGUUCAUGAAGCAACUAUUGCUGCUGGGGGAUAUCCGUCUCCUUUAAACUAUCAUUUUUUCCCAAAGUCUUGUUGCACGUCCGUGAAUGAAGUGAUCUGCCAUGGGAUUCCAGAUGCAAGGAAAUUAGAAGACGGGGACAUCGUAAAUGUUGAUAUUUCUGUGUACUAUAAGGGGGUACAUGGUGACUUGAAUGAAACAUUUUUUGUGGGUAAUGUUGAUGAAGCAUCUCGGCGGCUGGUCCAAUGUACAUAUGAAUGUUUAGAGAAGGCAAUCGCAAUUGUUAAACCCGGUGUGCGUUUUCGGGAAGUUGGAGAGGUUAUUAACCGGCAUGCUUCUAUGUCAGGAUUCUCCGUUGUAAAAUCUUAUUGCGGCCACGGCAUUGGUGAACUCUUUCAUUGCGCACCGAAUAUUCCUCAUUAUUCAAGAAAUAAAGCUGUUGGCGUAAUGAAGGCAGGCCAGACCUUCACCAUCGAGCCCAUGAUUAAUUCCGGUGUGUGGCGCGAUCGAAUGUGGCCCGACGGGUGGACUGCAGUGACUGCAGACGGAAAACGCAGCGCACAAUUCGAGCACACCCUUCUGGUGACCGAGACAGGAGUUGAGGUUCUUACAGCUCGGCUGCCGUCAUCCCCUGAUGUUUUACCUUGGCUAAGCUCCUCGUAACUGAGCUGACGAUCGAUCUGAGGUAGUGUCCGAAUAUCAUAUCAAGUUCUUAUUUGUUCAUCAAAUUUUGAAUCCAAGAUUUUUUACCUAUAUUAUAUACUUGUGUAUUUUAGAUUGUUUUUUUUUGCUCUACAUUUUGAGAUAUGAGAAGAUUUUGUAUCGGAGAAAUGAGUUUGUUGUGAUGACUUCCUUAUUUCAUUAUAAAAAUUUAUUGUAUAUUCGCUUGUGUAUAAUUAUUAUAGAAGAAAGUUGGUGUG